CGCGCUCAGAUUACUGAAGCCCCGAAACUUCACCUUGUCCGUGGCAGCUCCCUGGAUUACUCGCCGACGCCGAGCCAGACUUAGCAGUUUUUUUGUUUCGAUUUUUUUUUUCCCCUCUCCUGUCUUUUUCCUGGAGGACGAUUUCGCUGCCUUCCAAAGGUCUUGGACGGACGCUCGGACAGAGCCGUGCAGACGCUUUUGUGGACAUCGCCGGGCGCUUUUGCAGUUUGACCUCCCCGCCCGUGGACCUGUCGUGGGGGCUGGAUCUUAUUUUCCACUGUGGAUUAUAACUGCAACAUGACGCUGGAAGAGGUCGUGGCGUGCGACAACGCGGCGCAGAAGAUGCAGACGGUGAGCGCCGCGGUGGAGGAGCUGCUGGUGGCCGCCCAGCGCCAGGACCGCCUCACGGUGGGGGUGUACGAGUCGGCCAAGCUGAUGAAUGUGGACCCGGACAGUGUGGUCCUGUGCCUCCUGGCGAUCGACGAGGAGGAGGAGGACGACAUUGCGCUGCAAAUCCACUUCACCCUCAUCCAGUCCUUCUGCUGCGACAACGACAUUAACAUCGUGCGGGUGUCGGGCAUGCGGCGCCUGGAGCAGCUGCUGGGAGAGCCCCCCGAGACCCAAGGCGGCCCCGACGCCGCCGAGGACCGGGACCUGCACUGCCUCCUGGUCACGAACCCGCAUACAGAAGCCUGGAAAAGCAAUGGACUGGUGGAGGUGGCCAGCUACUGUGAAGAAAGUCGGGGCAACAACCAGUGGGUCCCUUACAUCCCUCUCCAGGAACGCUGAGGGCCCCCGACCCACCAGCCGCCCAGCGUGAGAACCUGUGGAAUUGCUGGCAUAAAAAGAAAAAAAAAAGCGACAUAAAUAAUUGACCGUCCUCCCUUCCUGCCAGAGCCAAGACCACCCCACCCCCCCCAAAAAAAAAUAAGAACCCAACCUCUGAUCUGAGGUAAGGGGGGGACAGGUCAUUGGAACAAGAAGACCAGGAGGAGGAGGAGGAGGAGGAAGGAGAACAGGGGGCAGGCAGGAGCCGCAACAGCGCCAUCAAGAGGCCAGCACGAGAACUAGCGGAGGAGAGAGGGGGGGGUCCCCGGCAGGAGAAGGGGCCCCCCCCAGAGCGCAGGCCUGGUGACUGACGAGCAGAAGCUGGACGCAGAGGGCCUGGAUUCAUACUGGGGAGUGGAUGGCCGGGCGCCCCUCCCCCACCCCCCAUAUGGGGGCUGGAGCUGACCGCUGCACCGCAGGACUUGCAGAUGGAAAGGGGGGAGGGGCGCCCACCGAGCCCUCCCCCCCUGGGACUCUAUCUCUGGAACUCUUGGGAAUGGGGCUUGGAUCAGAGCACCCUUGCCACCGACCUGGAGCACCAUUUGCAGGCUGAAAUGCACAAACUUUUUUGUUGUUGUUGUUACUUGCACUCUUUGACUUGAGCCACUGACACGAGAUAAAAUUAAAAUGACAAGUACCUAUAUUUUUACUGCUACUAGGAUGGCCUUGUAAUAAAUGUCUAAAGCUUC